ACGAGUGUAACGCCCGUAAAUUUUUUAAUUUUAUUUUCAUUAUAAUUUGUUGCCGUUUCUGCUUUUCUGCAUACAGUGAGAAAACAUAAGGACGAUAUGCAAGUCAAUGUGGCAGGUCUACGACGCAAUAUCAAGAAUUUAGCCCACAAUUAUUCCGAUGCCCAGGUCAAAGUACGAGAGGCCACAUCGAACGACCCAUGGGGUCCUUCGGCCACAAUUAUGGCCGAACUGGCCGAAUUAACAAAUAAUGUGGUAGCAUUUUCCGAAAUCAUGCAAAUGAUCUGGAAACGUCUCAAUGAUCAUGGCAAAAAUUGGCGUCACGUCUACAAAGCAUUAAUUCUUCUGGAAUAUCUCAUCAAAACUGGCAACGAGAAGGUUGCCCAACAAUGUAAAGAGAAUAUUUUCGCCAUACAGACAUUACGUGAAUUUGUCUAUCAUGAGGAGGGCAAAGAUCAGGGCAAUCAUGUCCGCGAAAAGGCCAAGCAAUUGGUUAAUCUCCUUAAGGACGAUGAACGUCUAAAGAAUGAACGUAUUAAAGCGCUGAAGGCCAAGGAGCGUUUUGCCCAAUAUCCCAGUGGAUUUGGUAGUGAUGGUUAUAUUGAUGGCCCCGUUGCACGUGAUAUGCCACCCGGAUGGCAAGAGGAACCCACAAAACCCACCUCUGAAUUGGAAAUGGUACGCCCACAAACUGCUGGCGAGGAGGAGUUACAACUACAAUUGGCCAUGGCCAUGUCUCGCGAAGAAGCCGAACAGGAGGAAGCUAAGCGUCGCAGUGAUGAUGUACGCCUGCAACUAGCUUUGAGCCAAAGUGAACAGGACUUCAAGAAUGAAUUACAUUCUAGGCAAAACACUCAACACCAACCACAACAACCUAAAAAACAGGAGGAACCUCAAUCACACCUACUGGAUCUUUUGGAUAUACAAUUGGGAGCUACAAGUAUUUCAAGUCCACCAUUGGGUUUAGCCGCUGGCGGUUUAACUACAACUACUACGGAUCCUUGGAUUACGCCGGCAAGGGCAGCCAGUCAAAUGUCCGAUCCCUGGACUGGUACAGCAUCACCGCCUGUAGAUCCCUGGCAGCCAGCAUCUACAUCACGUUCCACACCAUUAAGUGCCGCUCAUAUGGGAGCUAUUGGUGGCAUGGGUGCAGCUCUAGCCAUGAAUAGUAAUGGUACAAAUGGUGCUGAAGCAUGGGGUAUGCGUACACAAUCACCAUCUGUAACAUCAGGGUCAUCGACCGAGGGAUGGUUACAAACAAAUGGCAAUAGUCAUGGCGUUGCCGCCGCUGUUACGGCUGAUCCUUGGCUUUCGUCGUCGAAGCCCACAGCAACAGCAGCGGCAAAUGUUGCAUCUGUCGAUGCUUGGUUAACGGAGAGUAAUAAACCAUCUGUGACUGCAACACCGCCCAAGACAUUGGUAAACGAUGAUCCUUGGGCACCUAAAACUAACGAUACUAAUAGUGAUCCUUGGAAGAGCAUAGAAAAUCCACAAGUUAAGCCAUCUCCUGAUUUGGAUGAAUUCGAUAUAAUAACAAAUCGUAACAAAACUUUAACCGGUGAUCUUUUGACUGCAACCAAUUCACAAUCAAAUGCCAGCAAUAAUAAUGCUAAUCUCCUUGAUGAUUUGGAUCCCCUAUCGACAAAGAACACAUCAACAGUUAAUGCAUCGACAGGAGCUACAUCGAAGAGACCUCUCAAAGAUCCACAGGCAUUUUUGGGUGAAAAUUCAAGUUUGGUCAAUUUAGAUAAUUUAAUAAAGCCCGCAGUACCCCAAAACACAACAAAUGCCGCAGCUUAUAAUCCAUUUAGUGAUACUGUUAUACCACCAAAAACAAAUUUGUUCCAACAACAACAACCAGCAGUGCCGUCCAUUAAUCAACUGAAACAACAAUCGUUCCAAAUGACUAUGCAACAAGAUCCAUGGGCACCAGCUAGUAAUACUAUUACAGCGUCACAGCCAUCAAUGGAAGCUUGGACGCUUAAAUAAAAAAUGG